AUGGUUCUGUACUACGACGCUCAUUACAGUAUGUUCCCCACACCUCAUCAGGAAACUUUUAACCCUUACCCUUACACAUCACAGCCUAUCCAGCAGGCUCCAUUAACUCACUAUGGGUCAGCUCAACAGGGUUACGAAGUGGGAUGUCCAGUGUCCGAGGCGAUGUUUCAGCAAGGCUGGCACGCUUCAUCCGUUUACCCGGUUUCUAGCAUCAACGGUUCUUCGUGUGCUCGUGCAUCUGUCCAACCUGUCAGUUACGAGGAGUGGCCUCAACCACAGUGUUCGCCGACAACUCCUGGCCCCUGUUCCAAUGUAGGUAUGCCGGUCAACUUGUCGUCGGCACCCGUUGGCCAGCCAUGUAAUUUUGGGCUACCGACCUACAGACCACAAGAGACAGUAACUAAUUUUCAAGGGUCAGUUAGCAUGGCGGACCUGGUUCAUCCAUGCUCUGACCUUGGAGCUGGCACUUCGACUGAUGGUUCUCUCUCUCCGUGCUCCGGAGUCGGACCUGGUUUGAUCCCCUCUCCAGGAAGUUCUCAUUCGUCUCGACCACCACCUACCCGGAGUCCUUACGAAUGGAUGACACGACCGUCAUAUCAACAGCAGGGACAGUUGAUACCAGGAAGAACUAGGACUAAAGACAAAUACAGAACAGUGUACACCGAUCAUCAGCGGUUAGAACUUGAGAAAGAAUUCCAUUACAGCCGUUACAUUACCAUCCGGCGGAAGACGGAGCUGGCUACCAUGUUAGGCCUAUCAGAUCGUCAAGUGAAAAUUUGGUUUCAAAAUCGCCGAGCUAAGGAACGAAAACAGGCGCGGAAAAAGGAAGAGAUUAUUCGAAAAGAGAAAGAUCAAGCUCAACACAACAUCAACUCGAUACCAGCCUUCAGUAUUGUAAACAAACCCGUUUCUACUGCAAUUAAUUUUGACUCAGGACAUUACACUUAG